GGGACUCUCUGUAUCCGCGCCCCUGCGAAGUUUCCAGGGCAGGGUCUGAUGAAAGGAAUCGGAAAGCAGGUGGACCAAAGGAAGAGCCGCGGCAGGUUUUAAAGGCUGGGAGCCAAUGACCGAGUGCCCAGCUGGCGUGCCCUGCGCUGACGCUCUCCUCGCAGCGAUCUUUUAGCUCCUGGCUUCGAAGACCUUUCGCGAGCGAGCUUUCCUUUUUGCCUGCUGCAGGCUAGUCGGUGGCGUUCAGGGCUGAGCCAGGCGCCGCAGUCCCCAGCAGAGCGGACUCGGCGGCAGAGUUGCCCCGUGCUCUCCCCUGCCGCUUCUCCCUCUCCUCCUGCUGCCUCUGAAAAAAGCAGGGAUGGGGAGGGAAAGCUCAGUCUGCGAGGCAGCCUCGUCCAGAGCAAGAGCUGGAGAGCCACCGACCUAGCAGACCGCGUACCUGUUCCAUCACCUGCUGCACCGCCAACGGGACGCGUAAGGAAACAGACGGCUUGAGAUCGCUGCUGCUCCUGCUGCCUCGGGGGCGCUUCUACACCUCGGAGCCCGGUGGCGGCGGCGACAAUGCACCGGUUGCUUCCUCAGGCUCUGCCCGCCAGGAUCCGAACCCUGGCAGUGGUCGCGUCCCGGGCCCUGCCGGAGAGGGGGCGGACAGUCCCCGCCAGCCGGAGCCGCUGAGCCGCGUGGUGCUGAAAUGGACAGCUCCUCGGUCGCAUGGCCCCUGAACGGCUCCGGGGGCCAAGGGGAGGCAGCCGGAGACCAGCUCCCGGGCAGGUUCUCGACCAUGUGGACCAUCGCCUUGGCCAUUCUGAUGGCUUUAUUGAUCGUGGCCACGGUGGUUGGCAAUGCCCUGGUGAUGCUCGCUUUCGUGGUGGACUCCAGCCUGCGGACGAAAAACAAUUACUUCCUCCUGAACCUGGCCAUCUCCGAUUUCCUAGUAGGUGCCUUUUGUAUUCCAUUAUAUGUACCCUACGUCCUAACCGGGAGAUGGACUUUUGGGAGAAGCUUUUGCAAGCUCUGGUUGGUGGUUGAUUAUCUGCUGUGCACCACGUCAGUCUUCAAUAUUGUGCUGAUUAGCUAUGACAGAUUCCUCUCUGUGACGAGAGCGGUCUCAUACAGAGCUCAGCAAGGGGACACCAAGCAAGCCGUGUUCAAGAUAGUGACCGUGUGGGUCUUAGCCUUCCUGUUGUAUGGACCUGCAAUUAUCAGCUGGGAAUACAUAUCAGGUGGAAGCAUCAUACCCGAGGGGGAAUGCUAUGCUGAAUUUUUCUACAACUGGUAUUUUCUCAUCACUGCCUCCACGAUUGAAUUCUUCACUCCAUUCAUCAGCGUGACGUUCUUCAACUUGAGCAUUUACCUGAACAUCCGGAAACGCACCAAAGUUCGCUUGGAUGUCCUUCAUGAGACGCAGAGCCAAAACUUCAUAGAAGAGACAGAAAUGAACCCAGAAGCCAAGCUCUCCCUGAAAUGCUGUAAGUGGGAGCAGAGAAAUCCAGCAGAAACCCUAGAUGUUCCGAAGUGGGAUGCUCAAGAGGAACAUACCAAAGAGAAUACAAAUAUAAAAGACUCACAGGCCUCCACCAUAGAGAGCUUGGGACCUCCUGGCAACAAGCUAAAACCUUCCAUUAGAAAGUGCUCUAAACACUCGAUGUCUACUCUCUCUUUAGAGAAACGGAUGGUCUCCCAAAACAUGUCUCAGCGCUUUAGGCUCAGUAGGGAUAAGAAAGUAGCCAAAUCACUAGCGGUUAUUGUGGGCAUUUUUGGCCUCUGUUGGGCACCGUACACACUUCUCAUGAUUAUCCGAGCUGCUUGCCAUGGCCACUGCAUCCCCGAGUACUGGUAUGAGACCUCCUUCUGGCUCCUGUGGGUCAAUUCUGCCAUCAACCCUGUCCUUUACCCACUUUGUCACUACAGCUUUAGGAGAGCUUUUGUUAAACUCCUGUGCCCCAAGAAACUAAAGAUCCAGCCACAUAGUUCUCUCCAGAAAUGCUGGAAGUAACCUGAUCCAUUGUAGGUUAGAAAGGACAGCUCCAAUUUUGUUACUCUCUGGUAGUCUGCUUCUCUUGAGAGGUGUGAAAAUUCUGCUGUCAUAGGGGCUAGGAACAUGACAGUGUUAAUUUAUACUGUGUAGUGGGAUUUAGAUGGAGGAUGAAAAAGUACACUCAGAGGAGCUGAUGCAGGCAGGCAUGCUGCUUAAAUCUGUGUUCUCCAAACCCAUAUGCAUGAUGAAGAAAGCUCUGCUCUGUGCAGCUGAGCUGGUAUUCACACCUACCAGAAACAAGAGAGGAAGUCAAUAUCUUAUUAGCAACGACUCGACAAAAGGUCAUGGAGAAAUAUUUUUCAGACUUUGCUACCUGAGUUGUUUUGGCCAGUGGUAGAGCCUGAGAUGUCCUACAUGCAACAUUCAUGAUCCAAACAGAGUUAGGGUCCCUAUAAUCCUUCCAUUAUGCCCACGCAGACCAGUCUGGCUCAGUCUGUGCCCUGGAAUGGGGGGGGGGGCAAUUAUUGCAAGGCACUAGAGAAUCUCCCAACCCAAGGCUUCUUCAUCAUUGCCAUAGCUUGUCCAUUUGCAAAGGAGAGAGUAUGGCAACACAGCCUAAUACCGGGAUUCUCAAAUGUGGAUCUUCAGCUCUUGGACUACAAGUCCCAUCAUCCCCAGCCACAAUGUCCAAUGGGAUGAUGGGAGUUGGCUGGGGAUGAUCAUCCCGUUGGACAUUGUUGUAGUACUACAACAGCAAUUGGGGACUCAACUGUGAGAAGCCCUGGCCUAAAGGCUUUGGUAUAGUUUCCACCUCAGGGAUGCUUUGCCACACAGUUAAAGACACCCCAUCCCUAGUAAUGGCAACAGGCUUCAAAUAAUAGCUAAUCAGAAUCAUCUGCAAAUUACUGUGUUCAAAGAUAUACACAAGCAACUAACAGAAAAUUCCAUGGGCAGCCAGAAUCCCUUUGAGGGCAGAGAUGAAGAGAACAAUAUAGUUGCUUGCAAACUGAACCCAUUCCAUGGUUCGUGCAUCCAUCCAUCCAAACAAUUAUUUGCUUCACAGUGUUUCAAAAAGGUUCUGAUGAAGUGAUGUUAUUACUACAUAGUACAAUUUGGGAGUGUGACAAUGACAUCUUAAUUUUGCUUUGUGUAAACAGGACGUAUUAGUUCAUGAGCCAGGCCCACACAUUGUGUCCAUGGGUACCAUCUUGGGGGAUCAAUACUCAUAGUGAUUUCUGGCAAGGUCGAGCAUGGUUGCACUUGCACUUUCUGUGUGUUAUCACUCCUUCUUUAUCCCUAUCCAUAAAUGAUUAGGGUAAAAUUGCAGGAAAGGAUUAGGAUAAGGCUUAGGGUAAGAAUGGAGUAAUCUUUGGAGAACCUUUGUGCAAUUGUCAUUUCCAUUCAUCUGACAGCAUUAAUAAAGAGUUAGAGUAAUUUUGGAUUUUAAAAACUUAUUUAAAGCUUUCAGAACACCAUUGCAAAUUUGACUGCUGGGUGUUAUUCACACUUGCCUUCAUGCUGCGGGGUAUCUGAAGAGCGAAGCUGCUUUGCAGCAGAUUCACAAGAAGUUUAAUUUGGGGGAUUAAAUUGGCAUUCCACAUAGCUGUUGGCUCCUCUCCGCAAUCCCUGGCAGAUCUUUUUCCUGUGCAUUCCCACCUACUUGCUCCGGGUUUUUCCUCCAACCAAUCUCAAAUCACACCACAGAGGAAGAGGCAAGAGAGUGGGUUUUUUUUAGUUUGACAGCCAAGCUGGAUCAAACAGCUGGCCGCUUAACCCUUGCCUUUGUGAGUGACUGCCUUCAUCACCUCAUGUUUCCCGCCCCCCUCACCGACCAAAUAGAAUCAGCUCAGACAAAAAAGGGCCCAGGUUACAUCCAUUCUGAAUAUGUAAAGCCUAUGUAAAACAUAGUAAGACGCACAUUUUGCAGUUUGUGCUUGUGUUUAAUUCAGGAAUUUUUUCCUCCCACUUCCCUUCUGGACUCCCUCCACAGAGUAUCACCGAUCUGCAACAACACCUCUGUGCCCUCAGCACUUGCAAUUGCAAAUCACUUAGAGCAAACUAUACCCCAAACCGCUGUCAAACUCCCUUUCACUGAGUUUUGAAAAACGCCAGUUUACUGGCACAUGUUACAGAGAAACUACGGGGCAUGACAGAAGCCCUGGUCCCGCCCCACGCAGCCACCCCCAGCCUCAGAAACUAGAGGAUUUUUUUUUAAGCCAGACAUACUUUGGGCUAAGCCAGAAUGUGCAGCCUCCAUUCAGGGAAAAACAAAGUCAUGUCUGUCCUGGUCCCUGAUAGCCUGCAGGGACUUUGAGGUAAAUCAAGCUAAUAUGUGGACUGGCACACACCAAUCCAGAGUAGAUUUGAAAUAAAAGCCCUGUCUGUAAAGCCUCCUGUAGGACCAAUGGUCAGGACAACAAAAGCAUGAUAACACACUGAAAACUGAAAGAAUUACAAUGCUAUUAACUAUUUUCCAUCCCUAGGAGUAUAGGCCUUGUAAAAAAUCACAAUGAGUAUUCGUACCCUCAGAUGGUACCAACCACCCCAGUUGGCUCAUGUACUAUAUGCAAAGUUGCAUGUUGAAAUCCCAUUGAUUUCUGUUGGUGAGUUAUUAAGUACCUACUUAAUUAUCCUUCCCCCUACUGAAAUCAAUAGGAUUGCAAAAGUGCUUAAACCCUGGCUGGAUUUUGGCCUACCUAUAGAUAGGACAGGCUCCUGACCUGUACACAACUGCUCAGAAUCAGCUUUGCUAUUCAGAGAUCUAAAGGUCGGUUUGAAUGAUACGGUACCUCCCCAUGCACUUUGAAAAGGGAUGCACCAAGGUGUACCCAUUGGGACAUCCAUGGAAGCUAUCCUGAUGACCUCCUGGCAUGUCCUUUUAGUGU